AUGUCAUCCAAACCCCCUUCCACUGCCAUGGGCGUGGACUCCGGCCUUCACCAGCAAAAGGCUGCUAUCCGUUAUCCCAAAAUCUUCAGCGAGCCUGUGAAUAUUCGGGAGGUCCACUUACCAGUCAUAAAGCGAUGGAUAGAAGAAAAACUAAACGAAAUAGUCCCAGACGACGACGUCAUUGUCGACUACGUUUACGAGUUACUUGUCAGUUCUGACACUCCAGAUGUGAAGACGAUGUAUCUGCAUGUCAGGGAGUUUUUAGGAGAAGACUCCAUGAGGUUCAUGGCAAAGCUAUGGAAACUACUCCUAGCAGCUCAGGCCGAUAAAAACGGCAUUCCACCUGAACUUGUGGAGAAACAGAAGCAGCUCAUGAAGGCGAACCCCAACUUAAAGCAAGAGUUCCAAAGAACACAUCCAAGUCAUAGAGACCGCAGAGAACCAGAUAGGCUGAGAGACCCCUACAGGAGAUUGGAGCGAGACGGUACCCAAAAGUCCAAUCGUAACACUCCUCAUUCGUCAUCUGCCAGCACUAACGAUCAAGCCACCACCGAAGAUGGCCAUCACCAUCACCACCAUCAUCAUCAUCAUCAGAGUCUGAAUGCUGCCCAUGGUCUGGGAUCUUCGGGUAACCAUACCAACCCGCAACCUGCGACUCCCAUUGAUCCUAAUAUUAACCCCGCCAAUAGAAUUGGUAGGUAUCAAAUCAUCAAAACCUUGGGAGAAGGUUCGUUCGGUAAAGUGAAGUUGGCCGAGCAUUUAACUACUGGCCAAAGAGUUGCCUUGAAGAUCAUUAACCGUAAAACCUUGGCCAAAUCAGAUAUGCAAGGAAGAAUCGAAAGAGAGAUUUCUUAUUUAAAAUUAUUAAGACAUCCACAUAUCAUCAAGUUAUACGAUGUGAUAAAAUCCAAAGACGAAAUCAUCAUGGUGAUUGAAUAUGCGGGAAAUGAAUUGUUUGAUUACAUUGUACAGAGAGGUAAAAUGCCUGAGGAUGAAGCAAGAAGAUUCUUUCAACAAAUUAUUGCAGCGGUAGAAUAUUGCCAUAGACACAAAAUUGUGCAUCGAGACUUGAAGCCGGAAAACUUGUUAUUGGAUGAUAAGUAUAACGUCAAAAUUGCUGAUUUUGGUUUGUCUAACAUCAUGACUGAUGGUAAUUUCUUAAAAACAAGUUGUGGAUCUCCUAAUUACGCUGCUCCUGAGGUUAUUAGUGGGAAAUUGUAUGCCGGUCCGGAAGUCGACGUAUGGUCUUCGGGGGUGAUCUUGUAUGUCAUGUUAUGUGGUAGAUUACCUUUUGAUGAUGAGUUUAUUCCUGCAUUGUUCAAGAAAAUUAGUAACGGGGUCUAUACCCUUCCAAACUACUUGUCGCCAGGUGCCAAGCACUUGUUAACAAGGAUGUUGGUGGUAAAUCCGUUGAACAGAAUCACCAUUCACGAAAUCAUGGAAGACGAAUGGUUCAAACAAGGUAUUGAACAAUACUUGUUACCCCAAGAUAUCGGUAAAGAAAAAAAUAACAUUGAUGUCGAUGAAGAUGUUUUGUCGGCUUUAACUCACACCAUGGGAUACGAAAGGGAUGAAAUUGUUGGCUCUAUAAAUCGGUAUAACAAUGCACCAACUCCUCAACAAAAGUCUAAUGAAAUUGUUGAUGCUUACCUUUUGAUGAGAGACAAUCACGCUUUGGUUAAAGACUUGAAAAAACACAAGACCGAUCAAAUGGAUGGUUUUUUAAGUUCUUCUCCUCCACCACCUUGGGACACGAAUAAUAUCAACAACAAUGUGUUGAGCCACAGGACCCCUAGCAUUCAACAAUCUUUAACAUAUCAAACGUUAGCACAAGUGCCCGAUUUGUCUACUUUACCCAAUUCCACCAUUGCUAUUUUGCCUACCUCAUUACCCUCAAUUCACAGGGCGUAUAUGAUGGAGAAUACUACUAGCACCAACCAGAGUAAAAUUAGUCCCAUAAGUACAAAAAAGCUGAAGACCAGAUGGCAUUUUGGGAUCCGGUCAAGAUCAUACCCCUUAGAUGUCAUGGGAGAAAUCUACAGAGCUUUGAAGAACUUGGGAGCUGAAUGGGCUAAACCUACAGAAGAAGAAUUAUGGACCAUUAGAGUUAGAUGGAAAUACAGUCCCACCAAUCUGGGCAUGGAAGUUGAUGAAUCUCUUUCUGAUAUGAUGAAGAUGCAAAUCCAAUUGUUCCAAUUGGAACCCAAUAACUACUUGGUAGAUUUUAAGUUUGACGGCUGGGAAAAAAGUAAUAGCACCGAUAACACCAAUCCCGACGAAAUGAGCUCGUUUUCAGCAUAUCCAUUCUUACACUUGUCAACUAGGUUGAUUAUGGAAUUGGCAGUAAAUAGUCAAAACAGUUAGUUUACACAUAAAUAAACCAGUUGACGAUUAUGUAUCUCAUCGACUAAUUUAGAAUGGGUUUUACGUGUGUAUCGUGUUUCGCUUGUAUCGUGUUUCGUGUAGCUCGUCCCUGCCGUGGAUCUGGUCGUGCGCGUCCACCAGUUCUCACUCUAUUUCAAAUUCAUAUAUAUUUACAAAACCUACCAAUACAGCAACAAAUUACCUA